AUUAUCCGGAAAUAGAAUUCCUAAACUUGGAUUAUGUUACACGACUUCCUGUUUUGGACUUCACGUAUGCUGUUUCUUAUAAUGAGUUUGUGCUGUGUGUUGCGAUGAAUGACAGCACUGAUACAAAGUGCCAAUGGUGGUGAGAGUACUACUUAUUACGAUGGUAUGGAUAAUCUGUCAGAUUCCCGGCCGUGUAUUCUACUACAUCAGGACUAGGAGAGUUGUGAGGUUUUUAUUUAUGGUACUUCUACUGUUUCUCUAUUGUGAGUACCUCCAUUAUUUCCUCGUCUUACUGAUGUGUAAAUGGCCUAAGUUAUCACAAAACGAUGGAUUCAUUUAUGGAAAUGGAGAUGGCAACAGGCCAGUGAAGGCUAUGGUUAUAGCAGACACUCACCUACUGGGAAUCAGGACUGGACAUUGGUUUGAUAAAUUACGCAGAGAAUGGCAGAUGGAGAGAUCCUUCCAGACAAGUAUGCUGAUACACAGUCCAGAUGUGGUGUUUAUUCUCGGUGAUUUACUAGAUGAGGGUAAGUGGGCCACCGAUGCUGAGUUCAGAAAAGAUGUUGCCAGAUUUAAGAGAAUGUUUUCAACACCAAAAGACACAGCUACUAGGAUUCUUGUAGGAAAUCAUGACAUUGGAUUUCACUACACGAUGAAUGAACAUAAACACAGACGCUUUGAGAAAGCAUUCUCUUCGCCUUCAGUCCAGCUGUUUGACUUUCAAGGAAACCUUUUUGUGUUGAUGAACAGCAUGGCAAUGGAGGGUGAUGGGUGUAAGUUGUGUGCUGAAGCAGUCAAUUCUCUGGAAGAACUAUCCUGGCAGCUAAAGUGUUCAGAGGGAAUCAGCUCCAGAAAAAGUUCACCUCCGAUAUGUGAUGCCAUGGAUAAAUUGUCCUACUCCCCUCCAAUAUUACUACAGCAUUUUCCUAUGUACCGGCCUUCUGAUGCCAAUUGUAGUGUGCCAGACUCUGCACCAGCUGAUGAGAAGGAUAUUCCCUUUAAGGAGAAGUGGGACUGCCUAUCAGAAGAGUCAAGUAAUCAGGUGUUUGAGUGGAUCAAACCUCGCCUUAUCCUGAGUGCUCAUACCCACCACGGUUGUUAUCGCCUCCAUGAAAAUUCUGUUCCAGAAUGGACGGUGGCUUCCUUUAGUUGGCGCAACAAAAACAAUCCUACAUUCUUACAGGUGGUGCUGUCCCCAAAUGACUUUGCUGUAGAGCAGUGCUACCUUCCUAGUGAAACGACUGUGAUUACUAUUUAUAUAACAGGUGGACUCAUAGCUCUGCUCUUACUACUGGUUCCUUACAAACCCAGUAGUACUAUGACAGAUACAGUAUGGGUCAACAAGUCUCACUGACCAGUACAGUAUGGGUCAGCAAGUCUCACUGACCAGUACAGUAUGGGUCAGCAAGUCUCACUGACCACUACAGUAUGGGUCAGCAAGUCUCACUGACCACUACAGUAUGGGUCAGCAAGUCUCGCUGAAUAGUAAAGUAUGGGUCAGCAAGUCUCACUGACCAGUACAGUAUGGGUCAGCAAGUCUCACUGACCACUACAGUAUGGGUCAGCAAGUCUUACUGACCAGUACAGUAUGGGUCAACAAUUCUCACUGACUAGCACAGUAUGGGUCAGCAAGUCUCACUGACCACUACAGUAUGGGUCAGCAAGUCUCACUGACCAGUACAGUAUGGGUCAUCAAUUCUCACUGACUAGUACAGUAUGGGUCAGCAAGUCUCACUGACCACUACAGUAUGGGUCAGCAAGUCUCACUGACCAGUACAGUAUGGUCAGCAAGUCUCACUGACCAGUACAGUAUGGGUGGUCAGCAAGUCUCACUGACCACUACAGUAUGGGUCAGCAAGUCACACUGACCACUACAGUAUGGGUCAACAAUUCUCACUGACUAGUACAGUAAGGGUCAACAAUUCUCACUGACUAGUACAGUAUACAUGUAGGUCAACAAGUCUCGCUGACUAGUACAGUAUGGGUCAACAAGUCUCACUGACCAGUACAGUAUGGGUCAACAAUUCUCACUGACUAGUACAGUAUAGGUCAACAAGUCUCGCUGACUAGUACAGUAUGGGUCAACAAGUCUCACUGACCAGUACAGUAUGGUCAAUAUGUCAUGUAUAUAUAGUGUACUGACAGAGAGUGAAUCAGUACCAAUCAUUAUGGUGCUGUCUGACAAGAUGUGUUUGUUUGUAUAUGAUUCUGUUAAAUACCAUGUAAGUACAAUAACGGCUUAUUAUUCCAGAAAGAAAGAAAAAUGACUAACCUGCCUUUUAAUUAAUGUCUGUCGUGAGUAUAUGCAGACUUACUGAAUACUGUAUAACAUGGACAUUAGACACAUACAGUCAGUUGACAUCUAUACUUUCAAUUGAUAUUAUUAUAUACAGUCAAUUGACAUUAGUCAUAUACAGUCAAUUGACAUUAGUUAUAUAGUCAAUUGACAUUGGUUAUAUACAGUCAAAUAACAUUAGUCAUUAACAGUCAAUUGACAUUAGUUAUAUACAGUCAAUUGACAUUAGUCAUAUACAGUCAAUUGACAUUAUAUACAGUCAAAUAACAUUAGUUAUAUACAGUCAAUUGACAUUAUAUACAGUCAAAUAACAUUAGUCAUAUACAGUCAAUUGACAUUAGUCAUAUACAGUCAAUUGACAUUUGUCAUAUACAGUCAAUUGACAUUAGUUAUAUACAGUCAAUUGACAUUAUAUACAGUCAAAUAACAUCAGUUAUAUACAGUAAAUUGACAUUAGUUAUAUACAGUCAAUUGACAUUAUAUACAGUCAAAUAACAUUAGUUAUAUACAGUCAAUUGACAUUAGUUAUAUACAGUCAAUUGACAUUAGUUAUAUACAGUCAAUUGACAUUAGUCAUAUACAGUCAAUUGACAUUAGUCAUAUACAGUCAAUUGACAUUAGUCAUAUACAGUCAAUUGACAUUAGUUACAUACAGUCAAUUGACAUUGUUUAUAUACAGUCAAUUGACAUUAGUUAUUUACAAUCGAUUGACAUUAGUUAUAUACAGUCAAUUGACAUUAUAUAGUCAAUUGACAUUAGUUGUAUACAGUCAAUUGACAUUAGUUGUAUACAGUCAAUUGACAUUGGUUAUAUACAGUCAAUUGACAUUAGUUGUAUACAGUUAAUUGACAUUAGUUGUAUACAGUCAAUUGACAUUAGUUGUAUACAGUCAAUUGACAUUAGUUGUAUACAGUAAAUUGACAUUAGUCAUGUACAGUCAAUUGACAUUAGUUGUAUACAGUCAAUUGACAUUAGUUAUAUACAGUCAAUUGACAUUAGUUAUAUACAGUCAAUUGACAUUAGUUGUAUACAGUCAAUUGACAUUAGUCAUGUACAGUCAAUUGACAUUAUUUAUAUACAGUCAAUUGACAUUAGUUAUAUACAGUCAAUUGACAUUAGUUAUAUACAGUCAAUUGACAUUAGUUAUAUAAAGCCAAUUGACAUUAGUUAUAUACAAUCAAUUGACAUUAGUUAUAUACAGUCAAUUGACAUUAGUUAUAUACAGUCAAUUGACAUUAGUUAUAUACAGUCAAUUGACAUUAUAUGCAGUCAAAUAACAUUAGUUAUAUACAGUCAAUUGACAUUAGUUAUAUACAGUCAAUUGACAUUAGUUGUAUACAGUCAAUUGAUAUUAGUCAUGUACAGUCAAUUGACAUUAGUUAUAUAGAGUAUAUACGUAAUUUUAAAUGCAUGAACUUUUUUUUUAAUGCGUUGAACCCUUCAAACAGAUUGAGCAUGUAUCUAAACUUACUUUAAACGUGCUAAUUAAUUUUGAUAAUGUGUCGUUGGAGACAUGGAGCUGUUUUUUGGGGGUGUUUUAUUUGUAAAUACUGUCUUAUCAUGCUAUACAAUAUAAUCCUCUUUGAGAAUACUCACCAUGCACAAUACAUAUAUAUACAUGUAUAUAUCUAUAUGUAUGUCAAAGAGUUUCUGGUUGGCACUUUGUUUUAACCAUGGCAUGGAUCACACCCCUGAAACAAAGGUGUCACACUGAUGCAAAACUAGGUCAAAAGACAUGUCACUAUGGAUUCUUGCCGUACUUUGAACCUUAUAUAUAAUGCCUAUUUCAAAUGAAAAUUAAGAACACAUUUUGCAGUCGUUGAUGCUCCAUGAAAAUUCAAAGUACAUUGUGGCUGCCGUUGGUGCGUCAUGAAAUCAAAAACAUUUUUGUAGCCAUUGGUGUUCCUUGAAAAUGGAAGCAUCUAAUGGCUGCGUUGGUUCUCCAUGAAAAUUCAAAACACAUUCUGGCUGCCGUUGGUGCUCCAUGAAAAUUCAAAACACAUUUUUGCUGCAGUUGGUGCUCCAUUAAAAUUCAAAACACAUUUUCGUAGUUAUGUUAAGCUGGUGCUUCGUUACUGUUUUAGUUAAUUCUGAGUGGCGGUUAUUAAUUUUUAUCCCACCAUAGAAAGACCAGCAUACUAUGCCCAUUACAUCCAGUUAUGUUUCCAAUAUCUCCAGUAAAUAUGUGGAAAUCUAUCAUGUUUCAUUCAAUUCACUAUUCAGGAUUGAUGUUUGCUCAAAUCUUGCGUUAUAGCAAUGAAUGUUAUAAUCGUGUAUACAAAGUCUGUUUCAUCACAUGCUUCACGACCAGUAUUAUACCAUAUAUCAAUUUCAACAGAAAAAAGAUACCUUUUUUGGAUUUGAUGUUAUUUUCUUGUUUGCUAUUCUCCCCUGGAUCCAUAUAUUUUGGCUGCAUGUGUGUAUCAACAUUUUUUCUCCAUUUUCCCUGUUUGGUAACAACCAUGAUUAAAAGAAAAAGACUUUUAAAAAUGUAUAAAUGUUUUUUAUAAAUACGAGAAAUAGCAAGAAGUACAGUGUUAUACAGCAAGUCGGGAGUGUUUGUUACAUUGCAAUCUUUAUUUGAAGCACAUGUAAAAUAUUUCCCCUGAAUUCCUGGAGGUGUAAAGGACAUGCACAUUUCAUUGCAUUAAGAAAACAAUCCUCCAUAUCGCAUUUUUACUCAAAUCGCCUUGCAUCCGUGGUGUGUGGUCCGUCCGGCCGUUCGUUCAGCCGUUCGUCCGGCCGUCCAUCCGUCCCUCCGUCCGUCCGUAAACAAUUCUUGUUAUCGCUAUUUCUGAGAAAGUGAUGAAUGGAUCUUUCUCAAAUUCAUAUGCAGGUUCCCCUUGGUUUGUAGUUAUGCAUAUUACAUUUUGAGACCAAUCGGAAAACAACAUGGCCGACAGGCAGCCAUCUUGAAUUUUGACAAUUGAAGUUGUUAUCGCUAUUUCUCAAUUUAUACAGAUUAGUAAGAAGAAGGGGAAAAUAGAGAGAAGAUCAAUCUGACAUGGAACCUAUGAAGAUCAUUCAAUGGUGGGCGCCAAAAUACCUCUGGGUUCUCUUGUACAUUUAAUCAAUAAUUAUAUAUUAUUUACCCAUGGACACACUCUACUAAGCAUGCAUAUCAUUGAUGUAUUUGAUACAUUUUCGAAUGUUUUAUGUAAAUAUUAAUUUAUGUGUAAUUUUAAUGGAAUCAUACCAAUGGCCCUCAGGGAUUUUAAUUACGAUAAUAAUUUCAUGGUGAACAUAAAUUAUUCAUCAUAUUUCAUUCUGAAUCCAUUAAGGUAUUAAUCAUAUUAUGGCUAUACAACCGAAGAAAGUAUGGACUGUCGUGUAGGUUUUUUUUUGUAUGUAUAGUCGUAUUAAAUGACAAGGCAUAGACAAACAUAAUAUUACCCUUUAAUACCAUGUGGUGUUUGCCUGUCAAUCACUAAUUUAUAACGACCAUAAACAAUAUGUUGGACAGAUUAAUGAUUCUCUUUACAUUUCCUGCUUGUUUUUUUUUUGUCUUUCGUGGUUAAUUGAAACUAGACAGCGUGGCCCGUUAGACUGAAUGGUAAUCAUUGUUCACGUUGAUGUGUUGCCGUUUCUAUGGUUACUUUAUUGAUGCCAUUACGGUUCUUUAAAUAAUUGUCAUUGAGAUGUUUUUGAAGAAAAACCAACAACACUAUACUCAUGUAAAGUUCCAAACUUAGGGUAGUUUGAAGGAAUCAAAUUUUAUUUUUUGUGAUGAUGAAGUAUUAUUCAGUGGCAUUAAAUGUGUCUGUAUGUACGUUGUAUGUAUAAAAGGUUAUUUAGAGUACGUACGGGACAUGGAACCUACGCAUGAUAGCCAUAAUUGUUACUGAGGCAUUUGCAAUAAACGGAUAUUAUCAAAUGAGA